AUGGAAAAUGUAUUGCACAUAGAAAAGAUAUCUCCCAGGAUUACUAUUGCUGACUUUAAAGGCAACCCAACCACUACAGUCAUAUUUUGCUAUAGUCCCCACAACAGUAGCAGUGAAGAGGAACUGAAUGAUUUUUACAGCACUUUGCGUUCUUCCUUGGAGCAAGUUCCUGCUCACAACUUUCUCUUAGUCGCAGGGGACUUCAACGCUAAACUUGGAGCAGAUGAUGCCAAAUUUACCUUUCACUUAGAAACCAAUCGCAACGGAGAGCAUCUGGUAGACCUAGCUGAAGAAUUUAGUCUCUUCGCAGCUAACACUAGAUUUAAUAAAAAUAAGAACCAUCUAUGGACCUUCGAGUAUCCAAAUGGCAGCAGAACCCAACUAGACUUUAUUAUGGUCCGUAAAAAGUGGCGUAACAGUGUCAAAGACUACAGAGCAUAUUCAUCUUUCUCCUCUGUUGGAUGUGAUCAUAGAAUCGUCUCUGCCUCCAUCAAACUUAGUUUAACAGUUUCGAAGAAAACAACUGUAGAUCCAAUGAAGUCAAUUGACUGGAAGUCAGUUCAGAGGGACAAGGACUCAUCAACUCAGCACUCUGUAAACGUGUUUAACAGAUUCCAAGAACUCACUCAGUCUAACGCAGAAGUUUCAUUAGAUUCAACCAACAUUGACCUGAUCUACGGAAAUCUGAUUAAGGCAAAUGAGAAGGUUGCACUAUCUACACUCCCCAAAAAGCACAAGUCACAAAAGAAACCAGUAAGUUUAGAUUCAAAAGUUGUUGAUGCUCGUGAGAAGCUCAAACAAAUCAUAUCAACCGAUCACUGCGACCCUUCUCAGAGUAACAAAAAGAAUAUUGCAGAAGCCAAGAAGUCCCUCGACCUAGCUUAUCUAGAGGUAGAAGAAGCUUACAUCAAAGGAGAAAUAGCCAAAACUUCUCAUCUUCAUAUCAACCAGCAACACUCUGCAGCCUGGAAGAACAUAAGGCAACUAGCGGGAAAAGGCUCACAACCCCCACCUUCAGUCAAAGGUGGCAGCCGAGAACAACGACUUGCUAACUGGCACUCUCAUUUUAAACGCCUCUUGGGCAGUCCCGCAAGUCUUCCAGAUAAUAUGUCACUUCCGAAAGUUCGAGUCAGUCAAACCUUAAAUAUAUCAACAGGCCUUUUUACAAGUGCAGAGUCAAGAUACCUGCUAUCCUCUGGAAAGACCCAAUCUUUCAUCAAUUACUUCUUGAUCUCUGCAAUUAUGCAAAGACCAGCCAUAUUUCACCAACCAUCUGGUUAA